CUCCAUAUAAAAUUUGUCAAAUAAUUUGAUAUAUUUUUCUCAAGACGUAUUUUUUCACAAUAUAUAUUUUAAAAUAAUAUUUUUAAAUAUUAAUACAAACUAAAUAUCAAAAUAAAAUCCUGAUAUGGCUGCAGAAGCUAAACUUUUACCCCAAUACGUAGCGGGUUUAUCAGCUGCCAUGGGCUCUUUUGCUCUCGGCACAGUUAUUGGCUGGACAGCUCCCGUAGAGCCCGACAUAAAAGAUGGCAGUUUGGGCUUUGAUGUUUCGAGUGCUGAAUAUGGCUGGGUGGGUUCUUUAAUGGCCUUGGGUGCGGCCUGUGUUUGUGUACCAAUUGGUUAUGUGAUAAAUGUAAUUGGUAGAAAAUGGACUAUGCUGAUAUUAGUGCCUCCUUUUGUGCUCGGUUGGGUGUUAAUUCUAUUGGCCUCAAAUGUUUUUAUGUUGUAUGCGGCACGCUUUUUAUUGGGCAUGUGUGGUGGUGCCUUUUGCAUUAUAGCGCCUAUAUAUACCACAGAAAUAGCUCAGACCAAAAUACGCGGUGUUUUGGGUUGUUUCUUUCAAAUGCUUAUCACUAGUGGAAUUCUAUAUGUCUAUGUGGUGGGUGCUAUGGCUGAAGUAAUGGUGUCUUCGAUACUGUGCGCUAUUGUACCAAUAUUAAUGGCUUUACUUUUCCUAUUACUGCCCGAAUCACCCGCCUUUUUUGUACUCAAAGGAAAUAUGGAAAAAGCCCAGAAAUCUUUACAAUGGCUAAGAGGCAAGGAUUAUGAUAUAUCUGGAGAAAUGGCAGAAUUUGUGGCAAAUGAUAAAUAUUCCAAGGAAAAUCAAGUUUCAGUAGCUAAAUCUCUAGUCAAGAAAUCGACUUUACGAGCCUUUGCAGUAUCAAUCUCUCUCAUGCUGUUUCAACAAUUGAGUGGCAUUAACGCCAUUGUCAUGUAUUCUACUGGAAUUUUUAAAGAUGCCGAAACUGGUUUUACUGAUACUACCUGUACCAUUUUAGUGGGUACCAUGAUGGUGGUGGCUACCUUUGUUUCCUUGUUUUUCAUAGAUCGUGUGGGUCGUAAACCUCUUCUAAUGAUCUCGGCUAGUUUUAUGAGUGUUUGUACCUUUGGAGUGGGAUUUUACUUUUUCAAAAAAGCCGGAGAUGAAGAAUUUGCUAAAUCUAUUGCUUGGUUACCAGUGGUCUGUUGCUGUUUAUAUGUCAUUAUGUUUUCCUGUGGUUUUGGCGCUAUACCUUGGCUUCUUAUGGCUGAAUUGUUUUCGGAAGAUAUUAAGGGCAUUGCCGGUUCCAUUGCGGGUACUACCAAUUGGUUGGCAGCAUUUUUGGUUACCAAUACCUAUCCGUUUGUUAGCGAAGCCAUUGGUAUUGGUCUAACAUUUUGGAUAUUUUCCGCUUUAACUCUGUUGGCCGUUUUCUUUGUGCUGUUUAUUGUUCCUGAAACGAAGGGUAAAACAUUUUUGGAAAUUCAAGCUAUUUUGGAGGGUAAUGCUUGAAGAGAAGAUGGUUAUUUUAAAUUGAAGUAUUUGGUUUUUGAAAAUUCAAUAUCUGGUUUUUGGACUUGUUAGUUUGUUUUGUUAAUAUUGAUAAUUCUUGGAUUUGGAUAAAUAAAAAUAAUAUUUUUU